AUGAGAAUCAACACAACAAACCAGGCAUUCCUCCGCAUUCGCCCCCAUCUCAAUGAUGGACCUUCAACAUCAGUGCCCUAUCUUGAACAUCUUACCGAUGUCUCUGUUAGAAUGUCCGACCCUGCUCAGGAUGAGAUUCAGAAUGCUCCCUCCCGAAAUCGUUUCCGGCCAUCCGUAGUGCCACAACCAUCCAUCUAUAGCUUCUCCCAUGUCUUCCCCGACUCGUCACUUCAGUCUGAGUUCUUCAAAAAGACCACUCUGCCACUCGUGCGAGGCCUCCUCGAUGGCGAGAAUGGCUUGCUAUUUGCCUAUGGUGUUACGAACUCCGGGAAGACGUACACCAUGCAAGGUGGCUCCGAACCCGGUUCUGCUGGUAUUCUUCCUAGGACGCUUGAUGUGAUAUUCAAUAGUAUUGAGGGAUUGCAAAGUAACUCAAAGGCAAGCACACCCCAUCGGCCUGUCCGACUCCAUGGUAUCGAAUCCGGUGACGGAUCCCUUGAAAUGUCCACACGAGGUCCAUCUCUGGACACCAUCGAUGAGCCCAUUUUAGCAGAAGUCCUCGCUGAACAUCUUGAGGAGAACGUAAACCUCGAUACGGACAUCGACCCAACUGUACUCUCCGUCGAUCGUAACCACGAAUAUUCUAUCUGGCUCUCCUACUCGGAGGUCUAUAACGAGAAGAUCUACGACCUCCUUGCCGACGUAGAGGAUGCCAAUGCUGGUUCGCGUCAAUCCCGACGCCCGGUUCUGUUGACGAGGAAAGCUUUGCCUAUCAAACCUUCGCCUCCUUCUGACGGGUGGGACGGACCCCCGGGUACGAUGGCGGGGAAGUAUGUCUCGGGUCUGAAGCACAUUCGAGUGAACAAUGCGGGGGAGGCGAAGACCCUUGUGAGGUUGGGGCAGUUGCAUAGGAGGGUGUUUGGGACAUUGGCGAACAGUCAGAGUAGUCGCAGCCACGGAAUGGUGACGAUCAAAUUACUUCGGAAGCAUCGUGGUGAACCAGACGAACCGGCCUCUUUCAACACAUGCCGCCUUACACUCGUCGAUUUGGCUGGUUCAGAACGCACUAAACACACACAAACGACUGGUGAUCGCCUCAAGGAAGCGGGCAACAUCAACAAGUCUCUCAUGGUCCUUGGCCAAUGCAUGGAGGUUAUGCGUGCUAACCAGCGUCGUGUGGCUCAGAGUCUCGGCGGUCCAAAGCACCAGCGUUCGGACACCCGUGAUGUCAAGAAAUCAUUGGCGGUCGUGCCGUUCCGCCACAGCAAGCUUACUGAGGUUCUUAUGGAUUACUUCACGGGCGAUGGUCGAGCAGUUAUGAUCGUCAAUGUGAACCCUUACGAUACGGGCUACGACGAGAAUUCUCACGUCAUGAAAUUCGCCGCUCUUGCGAAGGAAGUCUAUACCGCUGCACCGGCCCAGAGAGUACCACCUACGCCGAGCAAGACUUUGAUCCCUCAACGCGCCGCUGCAAAGAGUCGCGAAGUCGUUCCACACCGUCGAACAGUCACGCUGUCGACUGAAGGACACGGUGGGAGGAAACCCAGCAAGGCGGAAGUGGAGAUUGUCGAAGAGGACGAAGAAACGUCGGUCGAAGAUGACUUUGACGAUGAACCGUUAAACCCGCUGGUCGAAGCCUUGUUUGACGAGCUUGAAGUGAUGCGUAUGCAGGUUUAUAAUGCAGAGAUGCGCUGCGCAAUCAUCGAAGCCGAGACACGUGAGGAAGUCAUGCAAGAAAUGGAGGAGAGAAUCCGAAAUAUGGAGAAGAUGUUCGCUCGGCGGUUGAUGAACGAGGUCGAGCAACAUGAGAUGAAGAUAGAUGCCAAGAUAGAUAUGCUACAUCAGUCUGGUCUCUUCGGAAAGACUCCUGGCAAGUCCAGACGGGUAUUGGAGGACCUGGAGGAUGAGGAAGAUGUUGAGAUGAGUAUUGUACAGGAAGAUCCGUCUGAGGAAGAAGACGAAUCCGAGAUGAGCUCGAACCGCUCCGAAUCUUUGUCCCCUCUGGCAGGCAAAAGCAAGUCCGCGUCGAAUAGGUUCCCUAAGCAGUCUGUUCGACGCUCUGAGAUCCGCGUGCCCAUGUCUUCUGGACCGGAGCCCGAGCACAUCAUUCUUCCGUCAGAUGACGAGGACGCUGAAGACACAGGCACGGAGACGGAAAGUCGGGUGACUGAGAGUGUGGGAGACGAGGACAGCGAGGAGGAGACGGAGGAUGAUGAGGGGGAAGACGAUGAUGGGAAAGAAACGGAUGAGGAAGAUUGGGUCCCUGAGUCCUCCAAGGGGCAGCCAACGCCGAAAGCAAAAGCGCCAGCAAAAGGUCCUCCGCCGCGCACAAUACUGCCACACUCUCCUCUGAAGCAGCUCCCCCCUAUGAUCUUCAAAGAGGAUACUGCGCCUCUGCCACCCCAGACAGUCAAAGCGAAAAGGACCUCGACUCGCAAGGGGCAAAGCGACGUUUCGGAGAUAACCGACGAUAUGGGCAAACUCGCCGUUGAUCCAAGUUCUUCUACAGCGGACAGCGGCCGCCGAAUUUCUAAUCGCCGCUCUUCUCGUACGAGCAAUCCCUCCAAGGCUAAAGCACCACCUGUGUCCCGUCAACCUCGUAAUGAUGAUGACACCGAGCCGGAGGAUGAUGAGGAUUACGACGACUCUGCGAUCAUUGUGCCACCCAAGAACGUUUCGAAGAAGUCUGCGCAGGGAAAAACUGUGCAGAAGAAGACACGGUAA